AUGGCGGCGCUGCAUGAGGAGCCGGCAGAGGUGGCGGUGGUGCAGCCGGACCCCGAGGCGGGGACGCCGCCGCCGCCUCCCGCGGUGCCUCCCGCCGCCGCUCCCGCCGCCGCCCCGGCCGCCGCGGCGGAGGGAGAGGCGGCGGGAGCCGGUGGGGAUGCGGCACCCCCGAAGCCCGCGGCGCCGGGCCCGGCCGCCUCCCCGGCGGCGUUGGACCGGCAGACGCUGGUGGCCGUACUGCAGUUCCUGCGGCGCAGCAACCUCCGCGAGUCCGAGGAGAUCCUGCGCCGCGAAGCCCGCCUGCUCGGUGACGACCUGGGUGCCGCCGCCCUCAGCCCCUCCAACGCCGGGCUCCUGGGGGGCUCCGGCAGCGACGCGGACGCCGGCGAGGCGCUGCUCGGCCGCGGCACCGGCGCUGCCGCCGUCGCCAUAGGAGGCAACGUCGCCACUGUCGCGACUUCCAGCCCCGGCGUGGCUGCAGUUGCCGCCGUGCCGCCGGGGAAAGUCGGAGGCGCGGUGGUCGUGGAGGACCAGCCGGACGUGAGCGCGGUGCUCUCGGCCUACAACCAGCAGGGGGACCCGACGCUGUACGAGGAGUACUACAGCGGCCUGAAACACUUCAUCGAGUGCUCCCUGGACUGCCAUCGGGCUGAGCUGUCUCAGCUCUUUUAUCCUCUCUUCGUGCACAUGUACUUGGAGUUGGUCUACAAUCAACAUGAGAGUGAGGCAAAGUCUUUUUUUGAAAGAUUUCAUGGGGAUCAGGAGUGCUAUUACCAGGACGACCUGCGUGUGUUGUCGAGCUUAACCAAAAAAGAGCACAUGAAAGGUAACGAGACCAUGCUGGACUUCAGAACAAGCAAGUUUGUGCUGCGCAUUUCCCGCGACUCUUACCAGCUCCUGAAGAGGCAUCUGCAGGAAAAGCAGAACAAUCAGAUCUGGAACAUUGUUCAGGAGCAUCUGUACAUUGAUAUCUUUGAUGGAAUGCCUCGCAGUAAACAACAGAUAGAUGCUAUGGUUGGAAGCUUGGCCGGGGAGGCAAAACGAGAGGCUAAUAAAGCAAAGGUUUUCUUCGGCUUAUUGAAAGAACCAGAGUUUGAUGUGCCUUUGGAUGAUGAAGAUGAAGAAGGAGAAAAUGAGGAAGGAAAGCCAAAGAAGAAAAAACCUAAAAAAGAUAAUGUAGGGUCAAAAAGUAAAAAACAGGACCCUAAUGCUCCUCCCCAAAACAGAAUUCCUCUGCCAGAACUGAAGGACUCUGACAAGCUGGAUAAAGUCAUGAAUAUGAAGGAAGCAGCCAGGCGAGUGCGUCUUGGGCCAGAGUGCCUGCCCUCCAUCUGCUUCUACACAUUCCUUAAUGCUUACCAGGGUCUGACUGCAGUGGAUAUUACAGAUGACUCCAGCAUGAUUGUAGGAGGCUUUGCUGACUCUACUGUCAGAGUGUGGUCUGUGACUCCAAAAAAGCUACGUAGUGUGAAAACAGCUGCAGACCUCAGUCUCAUUGACAAAGAAUCAGAUGAUGUCUUGGAGAGGAUCAUGGAUGAGAAAACAGCAAGUGAGUUGAAGAUUUUAUAUGGUCACAGUGGACCUGUGUAUGGCACCAGCUUCAGUCCCGAUAGGAACUAUCUCUUGUCCUGCUCUGAGGAUGGCACUGUGAGAUUGUGGAGUCUCCAAACAUUCACGUGUUUGGUGGGAUAUAAAGGACACAAUUAUCCAGUUUGGGAUACACAGUUCUCUCCUUAUGGUUAUUACUUUGUGUCUGGGGGACACGACAGGGUGGCUCGUCUGUGGGCAACAGAUCACUACCAGCCAUUACGGAUCUUUGCUGGCCAUCUGGCAGAUGUGACGUGUACCCGAUUUCAUCCAAACUCCAACUAUAUUGCUACAGGCUCAGCAGACAGGACUAUAAGGCUCUGGGAUGUUUUGAAUGGAAAUUGUGUAAGAAUAUUCACUGGACAUAAGGGACCAAUUCAUUCAUUGGCAUUUUCUCCUAAUGGACGAUUCCUGGCUACUGGAGCAACAGAUGGAAGAGUUCUGCUGUGGGAUAUUGGACAUGGCUUGAUGGUUGGCGAAUUGAAAGGGCACACAGACACCAUCUAUGCGCUCAGAUUCAGUAGGGAUGGGGAGAUUUUAGCAUCAGGUUCAAUGGAUAACACAGUUCGUCUGUGGGAUGCUGUGAAGGCAUUUGAAGAUUUAGAAACUGAUGACUUUACUACAGCCACUGGACACAUAAACUUGCCUGAAAACUCACAGGACUUGCUACUGGGCACAUACAUGACUAAAUCAACCCCAGUUGUUCAUCUCCAUUUCACACGCAGGAACCUGCUGCUGGCUGCAGGAGCCUACAGCUCACAGUAGAUCAGGAAGCUGAGACUGACUGUGCCAAGUCAUUGCAGUAGUGACCUCAGGAUGUGAGACCAGAGGGAAUGUCUUGAACAGAAGGAUCCCACGAGUCCAUUGCAAGGAGUAUGAAACUGUAAUUUACGCAAGCAGCAUUUCUCAGUUCUGCUGUUUCAUAUUUAUCUGCAGUUUGAAAAUGCUGGAGAUUGACAAGACAUUGUGGCUGUAAAAGAAGGAACUGUUCGUGGUGCUUUUAGUAACAUAGAUAUGUACAUAUGAAAUGAGCCAUCUCUUCCCAGAGGUGGUACUGAGCUCUGCUGAAACUUGUGAAAAGUUAACAGCCUUUACGUGUGUUCUCAGAUUUUUUUAAAGCACUUAAUUUAUGUAUAGCAAAUGUUUCAUCAGUCUCAAACACAAGCAAAACUGUCCAUUUUCAGAAAAGAAUGUAGUUUGAUUCACUACAGCCUGGGCUGGGCAGCAGGCGUGGUGAGAUCACAGCAGCAAGCAGGGCAUUGACGGAGCGGGCCCGGCAGCCCGAUGCUUGUGGGGAACUGCCAAGCUCCGUGCACUGCCUGUAUGCAGCCAAGUACUGAGUCCUGAAGAGAUUUCAAACUGGUGUGCUCUUCUGAGGUGUCAGAAACACAGAUCUUGUUACUGUUUUCAAAGGUAGCCAGUGCUGUCAGUGUGACAAGCAACCAGAAGCGCAAUGUGAACUUUAUUUACUUUCAUACAUUAUUGUAUGAGAAAAUAAAAAAGGGGAACUGACGCACAACUGAAAUAGUCACUAUUAAAAAAAGUGGACUUAAACCCUUUACUUUGUGUUAGCUGUAAAAGAACAUUAAUAACCUGUAUCCUUUCUGCAUAAGGUUUAAUAUAAAAAAACCCAGUAAAAUUGGCCAAGAAAUUGAAACAUUAUAGCAGCAGGAAAGGAUAAAUGUGUGGUCAGUUCGCUCUUGAAAGGCCAGCUUGUCUGCUGAGUGACAAUUCCUAUCCACAAAAAGAUUGUACCCAGUGAGUCCUCCUGGACUAACUAAUAAAGUUGUGUUUUAUUUUUAAAGAAGAGUAAAACAUGCAGAACAUUGGGAAGAAUGUCUGUGUCUUUGAACCAAAACCUCCAUCACCAAAGGCCAGGUCCAACGUGGCUUGGGUUUGGGUUGGUUUUGGUUGUUAAUCUCUUUCAAGAUUUGUGCAGAGAAAUCGGUUUUGUGUUCCUCAUUACUUCACAGUAAGGACUUGGACACUUGAACAAUCUACUGGCUCUCUAGUGAAAAUGAAAACAAGACCUGUCAUUUCUAACGUAAACUAAAUGGAGAACUACCUCCUCUUUCAUCUCUUGUUUGCUCCUACAGGCAUUAUACAUGAAAAUAAAGUGUGGAAAAUUCA